UCUGACACGGAAUUCGAAUAACAAGCAAGUUUACACUUGUCAUAAGAAAUGUCGCUUCGUGUAUUGUACAGUUUAUGCUUGUGGACGUUAUAUAUUCAACAACUACAAGCUGGUGAAAAAUGCGAAAAGAACACUUACAAAGACAAAGCUGGAAAUGAAAGAUGCUUGCCAUGCCCAAAAAAUUCCAUAAGCAAUGAUAAUCAGCAAGGCUGCUCAUGUGAAGAAAAUCAUUUUCGAUUUAUUGGAGAAAAUUACACUAGUCCCUGUUACGGAAUCCCAACAUCUGUAAAUGAACUCCAAUAUAAAGAUAAAGAUCACGGGUCAGUCACGUUGCUAUGGAAACCUCCUACUUUGUACGAAUCUCUAAGUAGCAAGAUCGUGAUUUAUGAAGUGGAUUGUUUCGAGUGUUCAUCGAGCAGGAAGUCUGCCCUUGUGUAUUAA